GCUGCGCGCCGGUUCCUUCCACGACACGUCCGUCUGAUUGUUUCUUUUGUUUUUUUAUACCGCAGGCGCAGAGGGUUUAAUUCCGUCACUUCGUACCACAUUCUACACCUUGCCGCUUGGAAGUGGGCCAACCUUGUGUCUGGUGUCAAGCUAGCCUGAACAGAUACUUUCAGACAGCUCAUUUCUUCACCUCAUUCCUGAGACCUGACUGCGCCCACCCCUUGUGUAAGCAAUUUAAACCUGAUAGCAGAUCAUCUCUAGCCCGCAAACCGCUUUUAACGUGGGACCAAUUGUUAACUCGCAUAUCUUGGCACGUACUACUAUAUAUAUCCUACGCACUGAAGUACAACGAUGCCUUACUUUUUUAAAGCGCAGUAGUCUUAUGCCGCUUUACUUUCGAUAAAACGCUCUUUUUUGGGGGGGCAUAUCGAGAAGUUAAAAACCCGCCGUCCUGUUUUGGGUUGCGUUUUUAUUAGACUAAUGGAACUAUUAAGUACAGGUGCAUACUGUCAUUAACUGUGCGGUAUUAUGAAUUUAUUACCAAGUGGAAUAUUUUUUUAUUUAUCAGUAGCAAUGUGCUGGCUGACCUCCCAUGUCGAUGCGUCUUGGUGGUACAUGGGCACCAUCGGAUCGCAGGUGAUGUGCGACAACAUCCCCGGGCUGGUGAACAAGCAGCGACAGCUGUGCCGCCAGCAUCCCAAAGUCAUGCAGGCCAUCGGGGCCGGGAUGAAGGACUGGAUCGCAGAGUGCCAGUACCAGUUUAAAAACCACCGCUGGAACUGCCAGACCAUGGCGAGGGACCACAACCUUUUCGGACGGCUCCUGCUACGCAGCAGCCGGGAGGCGGCCUUCGUGUACGCCGUGUCCUCGGCGGGCGUGGUCCACGCCCUGGCCCGCGCCUGCAGCGGAGGCCAGCUGGACUCCUGCUCCUGCGACCCCACCAAGAAGGGCUCGUCACGGGACGCCCAGGGCGCCUUCGACUGGGGCGGCUGCAGCGACCACGUGGAGCACGCCGUGCGCUUCAGCCAGGCCUUCGUGGACGCCAAGGAGCGGGCGGAGCGGGAUGCCCGCGCCCUCAUGAACCUCCACAACAACCGCGCCGGACGCAAGGCGGUGAAGCGCUUCAUGACCCUGGAGUGCAAGUGUCACGGCGUGAGCGGCUCCUGCAGUCUGAGGACGUGCUGGCUGGCCCUGGCCGACUUCCGGCUGACCGGGGACCACCUGCGGAGGCGCUACAACGGCGCCGUCCAGGUGGCGGUCGACCAGUACGGGGCAGGCUUCACGGCGGCACACGCGCACCUCAAGCGGCCCGGCAAGAACGACCUGGUGUACCUGGAGGACUCGCCGGACUACUGCGUACGCAGCUUUGAGUCAGGGUCCCUCGGGACGGGCGGGCGGGUGUGCAACAGGACGUCCCGUGGCGUGGACAGCUGUGAGGUCAUGUGCUGUGGGCGGGGCUACGACACGUCGCGCGUUAGCCGCACCACCAAGUGUGAGUGCAAGUUCCAUUGGUGCUGCGCCGUGCACUGCCAAGACUGCCACCUGCAGGUCGACCUGCACACCUGCAAGGGGCAGACGUGACCCCGUCCCCAGCCCCAACGCCCAGUUCUGUCAGCCAAUCAGAGCUCUCCUUCAAGAUGAUGACUGGAGCUGGAAUCUUCUUAAAAAAUCCAGUCUUGCGUCUGGUAACUCUGCACACGUGUCAGGUUCUUACGCUUCAUUGUGUGGGGGCGUCACAUAACACACCUAAUAUAUCAGUAUGCUAGCUCCAUGUUUAUUACUGGCAUGGGAGACUGACUAUAAAAAGGCCUCAGGCUUUUGAAAGCGGGACAGGUUUUAAACAGACAGUAAUGAGAUAAUGAUGUGAUGAUGAGUACACCAAGGAUGGAGGAAUUCCAUUGAGAUUGGUCAUCUCUAUUCGUUGUCAGAGGGCAUGUUGAGGUGAACUCUGUCCUUAGUAGAUGGACCCAGUACUCACCACUCUGCCAGUUCUGCCACGCCCGACUCACCUUAUUUAAUGUAGAAAUAGAAAUGUGAGUCUCGGUUCUGUAUCGGGUAACAUCAUUACUAUCCAAGCUUCAAAGGUCAAACUAGUUGAGUAUUAAGCAGAGUAUGUAGCGUGUCAAUCUCCUUCUAAUGUUACAUAAUUGCACCUGUUGAUGUUUUGUAUUAACACAUUCAUAUAUACUCUGUAGUUCUGUUCUUCCAAGUCGGUCACUGAAGCACUUACCCUUGUAUCCGGGAGCACUUCUUACAUUUUGGGUUGGGAGAAAAACUUGCAGACAAAGAACAUUAUGAACACCGGACUGAUUUGUGUGUGUGAAGAUCUCAUCCAAGCGGACAUGUUUCUGGACUGUUAUCCAGGACCCUGUUGCUGUGUAGUGCAGAGGGGAGAUAGUGAGCAGUCUGAACAUGUCAUUAGCAGAGGACAGACCAGCGCGCUGCCGAGUUCAUUCACAAUUCCCCUUUCAACUCCCCGUGGGUGUUAGUUUCCCCUUUUCAUGGCUCAGAAGCCAGCAGGAGACCUUGACUACGUUUCAUGUUUGUCAACAGAUGUGUUGGCGGUUUGCGAGCAUGUUGCAUUCGUGCCACGGUGGCCUGUCCACUCAUAAACACAUCUUAGACACCUGGAACGCAUGUUCUUCUGGUUUCACAACAUCGGAACAAUCCCAAAUUUAAUUUGGAGACCAAAGUGAUUUUUGAGGGGGCAGGAAUUGGUUCGUAACACUGCACAUAUGCAACACUCAAUGAAAACACAUGUAUGGAAAUCCCUGAAUCACCCAGGAAGCCAAAUGGUUUCUAAUUACCAAAUAUUGCGAUGGUUUGGCCAAUGCUUAUCAUAAGCAGUGGUACAGAAAACAGAACCAAGGGUAUGAAUGGGUGACCGUUCUGAGCGAUGUUUGUUUUAGAAAGCUUGUAAGACUAUCUUUCGUCCUAUGUGGUCUACUGUUGGCCAAUGGCAGUCCCUACUUUGGUUUCAUUGUAUUUAUUUACUCCCAAGUAAUGGGAAAAAUGUGGAUUCCAAACGUAUCCUAAACCUUGUCCAGGCUGCGGGAGCAUUUAAAGGGUUAUGCGAUGCAAUUCUAGUCCUCAGUCAUCUCCUUGCUUACAAAAGCAAAGGAGAUGACGGUCAGGCUUAACCUGCAGUGGGACAUUUAUGAGUCAGGUUCCACUGGCAAAUGGGACUUGAUCAGCUUAAUGAAAUUAGCCCCACAUUAUUAAUUCUGAUCGAAUAACAUUGGGGAGAGAUUGGCUUGAUCAUCAUUAAACACAGCAUUCUGUUGCCUCUUAACAGAAUGAAUUAUUUUUAUGACAUUGUAACAGGAUAGCUGUGAUCAUUGCCUAACCGCUUGAAGUGAGUCAUUCAGAUCACCUGUGCUUAAAGGAUGUAUUCACCAGUACCAAACAGGUUGUGCAUUUCUGAAAAUGGUGAAACCCACAAUACCAUUAGGUAGAUCAAUUACAAUGUGCAUUGUAAUCUCAGUAAUACUGAUUAUUUAACAUUAUGCUCUUAUCCACAGAUUUAUUGUACAAGUGAAAUGUAUACAUUUUAGCAAAUUAAAUGUAGUUUAACGAACCAGUGACCUAAGUAUUAAAGCCAACACUUCCACCAAUCCUGACCAGACAACCCAAGAGUUCCC